AUGACAGGUGGAAUUGCAUCUUUUAAUGGAUUUGCUUUCAAAACAGCAAUCUUGACCCUGAAGAGACAGAGUCACUUCUAUGUGUUAAGCAUCAUUAUUCCAAUGGCCUUGACCUCCAUCAUGAAUGCUUUUGUCUUCAUCCUUCCUGCCGAUUCCGGAGAGAAAGUAUCCUUUCUGGUUUCCAUCUUUGUGUCACAUGCUGUGUUCCUCAACUUUGUCUACGACAUCAUGCCAAGGACAUCCACCAGAGCUCCAAAGAUCAUGAUCUAUCUCAUCUGUAUCCUGCUUCAAAGCUUCCUGGCACUUCUGGCUGUCACAACAACCCUCAGGAUCAGGAACAACCAACUCCAGGGAGAUCACAAGAGAGUUUCAACUGUGGCAGACCAGACAGAGGAGGAUAACUCCACACAGAGGUCCAAAGGGAUGGGCAGACUUCGCAACUUCUACAUUGAAAAGUUGGAUAAUAUCUUCUUUGUUGUAUUUCUGUUGGUGGCCAUCAUCAACACUGUUGUUUUAUUCACCUGA